CCCUGGGCUCAGGGAAUGCCAUACCCUGCUGCAGGAUGGCACCCAGGGGUCCAACAGCUGCUCCUUUCCCUUCCAGGGCUCAGGGAGUGCCAGACCCUGCUGCAGGGUGGCACCCAGGGGACCAACAACGGUUCCUCUCCAUUGCGGGGCUCAGGGAAUGCCAGGCUGUGCUGCAGGAUGGCACCCAGGGGUCCAACAACAGUUCCUUUCCAUUCCUGGGCUCAGGGAAUGCCAAACCCUGCUGCAGGAUGGCACCCAGGGGACCAACAACGGUUCCUCUCCAUUGCGGGGCUCAGGGAAUGCCAGGCUGUGCUGCAGGAUGGCACCCAGGGGUCCAACAGCCUCUCCUCUCCCUUGCAGGGCUCGGGAUGGAUUUCCUGACGCUGUUCCUGCUGUACCUGUGCUCCGUGCUGGCCGUGGCUGCCCUGCUGUGCCUGAGCUCGGGAAGGCAGGAGAGUUUCCUCACCAGGAGUGUCACCAGGGCCAGCCAGGUGCUGUCACUGCUGAUCCCCAGCCAGCUGCAGAGGGUGGCACAGCGGGCACUGCACAGGCUCUUCCACACAAGGAGCUGUUUGUUUGUGGUGCUGCACGUGGCCCUGCAGGCUGCAGUGUUUGGGGAGUACACCUGGGAGGUGUUUGUGUACUGCUGGGAGCUGCAGUUCCACCUGCUGCUGCUGCUGCUGCCCUACCUGCUGCUGGCUGCCAACCUGGGCUGCCUCCUGCUCUGCUCCCGGGCCAACCCUGGUACAGUGACCAAAUCCAACGCUGCAUCCCUGGCUAAGGUCUAUGCCUAUGAUGGGGUGUUGUUCCAGAGAGGCCUGGUGUGUCCCACGUGCAGCCUGGAGAAACCAGCCAGGUCCAAGCACUGCAGCGUGUGCAGGACGUGCGUGCACCGCUUUGACCACCACUGCGUGUGGGUGAACAACUGCAUCGGGGCCGCCAANCCCCAUGGCCCUCCCAGCCCCGGGUACCUGUGUGGAGGUGUUAAAGCAGGACACCCCCCAGAAUGCAGAUACAGUUCCAUCUUUUUAAUUUACUUUUCUCUUUCUCUGCAGCACCUUUUCUUGACUUUCCCCAGGAUUGUCUUCAUGCUGGGCUUUGUCAUCCUGCUCACCCUGGUGCUGGGGGGAUAUUGCUGCUUCAGUCUGUAUUUGGCCCUCACCAACCAGACCACCAACGAAUGGUGCAAAUCCCGAAGAUUUGGGGGCUCCCCCCCUGUCCCCUCACAGCCUCAUGACAGACCCCUCGUCUACAGAAACAUCUAUUCCAAAGGGAUCUGGAGGAACUUAAAGGAAAUCUUUAACCCUCCCACCACGUUGGAAAGGAAGAAGAAAACAUGAAGAUGUCCUUGUUUCUCUGGGCAUUUUUAAAUGCUUUUUAAGACUUCAGUUCAGCAGUGGGCUUGGCUGCCCCAGGCAGAUUGUGGAACAAGAUUGUGGAACUGCAGAUUUGGAACUGAAUUGGAACAAGAUUACUGCAGAAUUCACAUAUUGGUGCCUCACUGGAGCUCCCUCCCUCAGUGAGACUCAGGGCCAGCUCAGGCCUGGCCCCUGAAUAAGGAUUUGGUUCAUCUUCCUAAUGUGGAUUUUUCUCUCUGAGAAGGGCUAACACGGAGCUCCUGUGAAUUUUGA